UAGGUUUUGAAUUUUCGAACUGGGUUCUCGAUUAACUCAGCUCCGUUUCCGUGCAGUUAGGCAGCAGUUUUUGUUGUUUGGUUUUAGUUAGUCUUAAACGUUGUGUUUAAAUUAUUACAAGCGCUAGGGUUUGGCGGUAAAUAUAAGAAGAAUGGCUGAACCACUGAAGACCUUCUUUGAAAACAACCAAAAUACUAAGAAAGAUCCGAAGCGGCUGUCAGUGGAGAGGAUCUAUCAGAAGAAGACGCAGCUGGAGCACAUUUUGCUUCGACCGGACUCCUACAUAGGCUCUGUAGAGCCUGUCACCCAACAAAUGUGGGUGUAUGAUGAGGAUGUUGGACUGAACUGCCGUGAUGUGACGUUUGUGCCAGGGCUUUACAAGAUUUUUGACGAGAUCCUUGUAAAUGCAGCUGACAAUAAGCAGAGGGAUAAGAGCAUGUCCUGCAUCAAAGUCAACAUUGAUGUUGAAAACAACACCAUCAGUGUAUGGAAUAAUGGCAAGGGUAUUCCUGUGGUGGAGCACAAGGUGGAGAAGGUCUUUGUGCCUGCCCUCAUCUUUGGACAGCUCCUCACCUCCAGCAACUAUGAUGAUAAGGAGAAGAAAGUCACCGGUGGACGCAAUGGAUAUGGUGCUAAGCUUUGCAAUAUCUUCAGCACAAAGUUCACUGUAGAGACUGCCUGUAAAGAGUCAAAGAGGACUUUCAAGCAGACUUGGUAUGACAACAUGGGCAGGGCAGGGGAUGCUAGCAUCAAACCCUUUGAUGGCGAGGAGUUCACUUGCAUCACCUUCAGGCCUGAUCUGCCCAAGUUUAAGAUGAGCAUCUUGGACAAAGACACAGUGGCUCUGAUGACCAGGAGAGCCUACGACAUUGCUGGAUCCACCAAGGGUGUCCGUGUGUUCUUCAACAGCAAGAAGUUGCCAGUUUCGGGUUUCCGCAGCUAUGUGGACAUGUAUCUGAAGGACAAGGUGGACGAGCAAGGCGAAACCCUCACCGUGAUCCAUGAGAUCGUCAGUGAGCGCUGGGAGGUCUGCCUCACCAUGAGUGAGAAAGGUUUCCAGCAAGUCAGCUUUGUCAACAGUAUUGCCACUACCAAGGGAGGGAGGCACAUUGACUAUGUGGCUGACCAGGUGAUUGGGAAGCUUAUUGAAGUGGUGAAGAAGAAGAACAAAGCUGGUGUGGUUGUCAAGCCUUUCCAGGUGAAGAACCACAUGUGGCUGUUUGUCAAUUGCCUGAUUGAGAACCCCACCUUUGACUCUCAGACCAAAGAGAACAUGACACUGCAGCAAAAGAACUUUGGGUCCACCUGUUCUCUCAGUGACAAGUUCAUUAAACAGGCCACAUCCUGUGGGAUUGUGGAAAGUAUCAUGAACUGGGUGAAGUUCAAGGCUCAGUCUCAACUGAACAAGAAAUGCUCAGCUGUCAAACACACAAAAAUCAAAGGGGUGCCAAAACUGGAUGAUGCCAACGAUGCAGGUGGGAAGAACUCCAUGGGCUGCACACUGAUCCUUACUGAGGGAGACUCAGCCAAGACACUGGCUGUGUCUGGGCUGGGAGUUGUCGGCAGAGACCGCUAUGGCGUCUUCCCUCUUAGAGGAAAAAUGCUCAACGUCCGGGAAGCCUCACACAAACAGAUAAUGGAGAACGCUGAGAUAAACAACAUCAUUAAGAUCCUUGGUCUUCAGUACAAGAAGAACUACAGUGACCCAGACUCCCUCAAGACUCUGCGUUAUGGCAAGAUCAUGAUCAUGACAGAUCAGGAUCAAGAUGGCUCCCACAUUAAGGGCUUGCUGAUCAACUUCAUCCACCAUAACUGGCCGUCACUGCUGCGCCAUAACUUCCUGGAAGAGUUCAUCACCCCCAUCAUCAAGGCCUCAUACAAGAAAACUCAGCUGUCUUUCUACAGUAUCCCUGAAUUCGAUGCAUGGAAGGAGAGCCAGCCCAACCACAAAUCUUGGAAAGUCAAAUACUACAAAGGUUUGGGAACCAGCACAUCGCAGGAGGCCAAGGAGUACUUCUCUGAUAUGCAGAGACACCGUAUCCCAUUCAAGUACUCUGGACCUGAAGACGAUGAAGCUAUCACCCUUGCCUUUAGCAAGAAGAAAGUGGAUGAGCGUAAAGAGUGGCUGACCAACUUCAUGAUCAACAGGCGCCAGCGCAGGGAGCACAACCUGCCUGAGGAGUACCUGUAUGGUCAGUCCACUAAGUCCCUCUCCUACAAUGACUUUGUCAACAAGGAGCUGGUACUUUUCUCCAAUUCUGACAAUGAGAGGUCAAUUCCCUGCCUGGUGGAUGGCCUGAAGCCUGGCCAGAGGAAGGUGUUGUUCUGUUGCUUCAAGAGAAAUGACAAGCGGGAAGUGAAGGUGGCCCAGUUGGCUGGCUCAGUGGCUGAGAUGUCCGCCUACCACCAUGGAGAGGUCUCUCUGAUGAUGACUAUUGUUGGUUUGGCCCAGAACUUUGUGGGAAGCAACAACUUGAACCUGCUUCAGCCUCUGGGUCAGUUUGGAACCAGGUUGCAUGGUGGCAAGGACUCUGCCAGUCCUCGAUACAUCUUCACCAUGCUCAGUCCUCUGGCCCGCCUUCUUUUCCCAUCCAUGGACGACAAUCUGCUCAAGUACAACUACGACGACAACCAGCGUGUAGAGCCAGAGUGGUACAUACCCAUCAUCCCCACUGUGCUGGUGAAUGGUGCCGAAGGUAUUGGCACAGGCUGGGCCAGCAAGAUCCCAAACUAUGACAUACGAGAGAUCAUCAGCAACAUCUACCGUAUGCUGGACGGCGAGGAGCCUCUGCCCAUGCUUCCAAGCUAUAAAGGUUUCAGAGGCACAAUUGAGCAGGUGAUGGACAAUCAGUACAUGAACAAUGGAGAGGUCGCCAUCAUUGAUUCCACCACCAUUGAGAUCUCUGAAUUGCCAGUCAAAUCUUGGACACAGUCCUACAAGGAGAAUGUGCUGGAGCCAAUGCUGAAUGGCACAGAGAAGGUCCCUCCUCUGAUCACAGACUACAAGGACUACCACACUGACACCACCGUGCGCUUUGUGGUCAAGAUGACAGCAGAGAAGCUGGCUGAGGCAGAAGCUGCUGGCCUCCAUAAGGUCUUCAAACUGCAGAGUCCCCUCACCUGCAAUUCUAUGGUUCUGUUUGACCAUGUGGGCAGCCUGAAGAAGUAUGAGUCUGUGCAGGAUAUUCUCAAGGACUUCUAUGAGCUGAGAAUGAAGUACUACGUGCUGAGAAAGGACUGGUUGGCCGGCAUGCUGGGGGCAGAGAGCGCUAAGCUCACAAAUCAGGCCCGCUUCAUUCUGGAGAAAAUCCAGGGCACCUUGGUCAUUGAGAACAAGCCAAAGAAGGAACUGAUCCGCAUGCUGCAGCAGAUGGGCUACGACUCUGACCCAGUCAAGGCUUGGAAACAGGCUCAGGAGAAGAACGAGGAGGAGAUGGAGGAUGAAAACGAAGAGGAAAAGACGGAGGAGGACACCAGUGGGCCUGACUACAAUUACCUGCUGAGCAUGCCCAUGUGGUUCUUGACCAAAGAGAAGAAGGAAGAGCUGUGCAAGCAGAGGGAUGCGAAGUUAACAGAGCUGAACACCCUGAAGAAGAAGAGUCCAGCAGACCUGUGGCGGGAAGACCUUGCUGCUUUCUCUGAGGAACUGACGCGCGUUGAGGCAAAAGAAAAGGAGAACACCUCCAUGCCUGCUGGAAAAGGGGCUGGAAAAGGCAAAGCAGUGAAGGUGAAGCAGGAGACUCUGCCCACGCCCCAGGGUCGCCGCGUUGUCCCACGUGUUACAAGCACCAUGAAGGCUGAAGCUAACAGGAAAGCUGACCUUAAGAAAGGAGAAGGCAAGAGGGGCAAGAAAAUAAAGAGUGAAAAUGUAGUGAUGAAGAUGGAGUUUGGAGAAGCAGAGAGUGCAGAGCCAAGUGAGGAGCUUGGUUUGGUGGCACGAUUGAGCAAGAAAACCAAAACCCAAGCAAAGGAGAAAGAUGAAACAUACUUCUCUGCAGCAGCAUCAAAGACAGGCAAGCAGACCACUCUUCACUUCAAGCCUGUUACCAAGAACCCCAAGAAAAACCCAUGGUCAGAUGAAGAGGCAGUGUCUGGCAGUGAAAUGGAGACAGAAGAAGUGGUUGCCCCCAGGGAACGUGUUGAACGCAAAACUAAAGGCACGGUGACGUACAGCGUUUCUGACAGUGAAGAUGAAUUUGAUGACUGGGGCAAGAAGGAUGCUCCAAAACGGAAAGCUGUUAUCAGUGACGAUGAUACCAGCUUUGCCCCAGAGCCCAGCGCAGUGGCUGACAGCGACAUGGACUCUCCAGCCCCACCUCGCAAAGAACCCGCGAAGAAAGUGACAAAGAGCAAAUCAGCAGUAAAACGAGCUGAAUCCAAGUCGAGCUCUCAGUCAGACGAUCAGGUGCCUGCGCCCAAGGCUCCAGUUCAAGGUAAAACCAAAGCGGCUGCCCCCAAGAAAGCUACUGCUGCCAAGAAACCAGCUGCAUCCAAGAAGAAGGCUGCAGAUGUGAAGCAGCCAUCUAUCCUGGAUGCUCUCUCUAAACCCAAAACUUCAUCCAACACAGCUGCAGAGAAGGUCGUUUCAUUUAAUUCCAGUGACUCGGAAGGUGAAGUUAAACCUCCAGUUAAAAUGGCAAAGCCUGCCCUUAAACGGAAACAGGCCGUCAGCGAUGACUCCGACAGCAGCUCAGACAACCUCAUGUCUCGCCUUAAGGCCAAAACGACUGCCGGCAGCAAGAAAACAAAGAAGUGGGAAGAGGAUGACAGCUUCCGGCUUUCUGACCAGGAAGCAGCAGCUCCUGCAGAUGUGACAUCACGGGUGAAGCCCUCACGUGCCCGCAAACCUGUAACCUACAACCUGGACUCAGACUCCGACUUUUAAAUUUUAGCCCAUAGGUCAGUGUCCAGGUGUCAUUUUUUAGAUUUUUUAUCAAAGACCGGUUUUUUAGUAAGUUAUACAUAGAGCUUUUGCUAUGUGAGUUAUUUGGCUUCACUUUUAUUGCUUGAAGCAUGGUUACAUUUAGACUGGUGCUUAAAUGGACCAUUGAUCUCCAGUCUGUAUGGCCUAAAAAAUAUUUUAGAGAAAAAAGCAUAGAAAAAAGAAAUCAUCUUAUAGUGUUGGAUGCCUGGGCCUGGUUAUACCUGUGUGCAAGUCAAGUUUUAUUCUAUGAAGUUAUUCUUUGUCAUGUUUCUUGAAAUUUCCUCUUAUGAUCUAUUUGUGUUUUGUCAUGUCCUGUAAAUAUUUCAAUGGCUGUUCAUUUUAAUAUGUUUAACAAAUAAAGCUAACAUGUUUCUACA